GCGGUUGCCGGGCAACCUUUGUAACGACAUGACCGAGUUGCACCAGGCGGCAGCAGCGGGGGACUUCGAUCGGGUCGAGGAGAUCCUGGGGCAAAACAAAUGCAAUCCCAACCAGAGAGACAUCGACUGGAGUCACAAGACGCCUCUGCACUGGGCGGCAGCUAAAGGACAUACAGAAACGGUCAGGAUCCUGAUCGAGCAUGGAGCCAGGCCGUGUCUGAGGACGGAGCAUGGAUGGACCCCUGCCCACUUUGCUGCAGAGUCUGGUCGGCUGGCCGUGCUGCGCCUGCUGCACUCCCUCCACGCCCCUAUAGACAAGGAGGACUGCUGUGGAGACAGACCAGCGCGCAUAGCUGAAAUAUAUGGACACCAGGACUGCGUUCGAUUCCUUAAAAAAGCAGAAAUUGAGUGCCAGGCCUACCGAAAGAUGGCAGCCCAAAAAGAGAUUUCACUGGACGAUACGGACGAGGAGUGGGCAGAACAAGGCAAGGAGAACGAGGAAAACAGGAUCUCAAACAGUAACAUUCAGACAUGAACACAGCAAAGUGUUUGGACACCCUUCAAUUAACAGUGUUUCUGUGGCAUUUCAGUGCUUUAGUAAAGAAAAACAUACAGUAUUGCUGAAUCCACAUUUGUCAUUACCAUAGUUUGAUUUAAAGAUGAGAAACACCGUAACAGUUCUACGAAACAAACCUUACAACAACAACAUUGUAUGUACAGUGGACUUACAAAUCGCAGGUAAAUAAACCAAAAUAAACAACCAAAGAGCAGUCGAAUCAGA